AUGGAGGGGUCUCAUAGCAGCAACAUGGAGCGCCUGGAAUACCUCUACCUGAACCUAGUCGGCCAGGUGGUGCAGGUACGACUGGUGGAUGACAUGUGCGUUGAGGGUCUAUUUGUGGCCUGCACAGAUGUCGACGCGGAAACGGAUGCAGGCAUUAUGAUUUGUUGCACCCGAAACCUUGCAUCCGCCAAACGGUCGCCGCUUUCUCCAUCGUGUGUUAACUUCACCGAUGACCUGUUCAUUCCUUAUCAGAGCAUAGUGAUGAUUGAGGUCCAGAAUGCAAAGAUUCGCACCGAGACGCCUGGUCGUCCCGACACCGGCCGCGCUGACUUCAGUGCCACCAAGUUUGAUUGGGCUGAUGACGGUGUUAGUGAGCUGUUGGAGAGUGAACCUCAUCAGACUGGUACUUGGAAUCAGUUCGAGGCAAAUGAGAAGUCCUUUGGCGUAAAGACAACAUACAAGGAAGAGUUCUACACAACCCGUUUGGACCACAGUAAAAUAACAGAGGAACAGCGGGCACAGGCAGAUCGUCUCGCACGCGAAAUCGAAAGUUCAUCCACACGAGGUAUCGCUCACAGGAUGGAACGGGAAGAGUGCCUUCACGACGAUGAAGGUCUCGAUGAGGGGCAGCUCUACUCGGAUGUCCACCGACCACAGGAAAAAAAGCCUCCGUACGUGCCACCGAGCACUGGCGGGAGGAAACUUGUCAAUGAACCCCCACCCGUCCCCGCCGCCGCCGCUCCCGCUACGGCUCCCACCACGGCUCCUGCCGCUGCUCCCGCUCCCGCUGCGGCUCCUCCUGCCGCUGCGCCUGCUGCCGCCGCUCCUCCACCACCACCAGCUGCCACAAGUAUGGCAGAUGAUGGCUCGAUGCGACACAAGCGGAUGAACGAAGAUCCGCAUCAUAUGCAGUAUGACGCUAACCAGACGGCAGCUGGGUUCAACCCCGCGGCGGCUCCCUAUACACCAAUGAAACCCGGAGCUGCCGUCCCUGUUGUGGACUUCCUAGCAAGCUUAGCUGAUGCCAUUUCGAACAACGAUAUGUGCUACGACUGUGAGCCACAUUGGCCGGGUAUGUGCAACCUUUUCUAUGACCAGGAUGACUCGUCCUACUCGCAGCAAAACUAUGAGGCUGCUGCCAUGCCACCUAGCCAUAGCAUGAACAUGCACAUGUACGUGAACUCCCAACCCAACAUACCCAAUGCGCACAGAGGAUACCAGGGCCCCCUUGGCCGCGUUCCUCAUAACCAAUCGAUGCCUAUGCACCAUAUGCAAGGACAGGGGUUCCAUCAUGAGAUGCAUCACCACCAGGCCUUCCACGGCAUGGGUAACUACUCGUCACAACACCACAACCCGCCUAUUCAAGAAUAUGCUCCACACAAGGGGCAACAGGGCGUUGUUUCGCGACCUGGAAUGCGGCAGGGGAAAGGCGGAGGGGCCUCUCGUGUAGAGCCACAACAACCCGUCAGUGCCAAUACCGCAUCUUCACCUCCACCAGUGCCCACAGUUGAUAGCGCACCAAAUGAGGUGAAACCUCCCGCGAAGCUGCAGCGUGGUCGCGGCAUGGCAGCCUUUACAAAAGGUGAUAUGGAUGGUGACUCCGGUGCUACAACCAACGCAACUGGCGGGCCGAAGAAACGAGUUGGGAAAUAG